GGCAGUCGCCGGCGACCGCCGCGCAAACUCGUGCCGCUGGCUUACAAGCAGUUCAGCCCCAACGUGCCAGAGAAGACCCUGGGCGCCAGCGGGCGCUACGAAGGCAAGAUCGCACGCAGCUCGGAGCGCUUCAAGGAGCUCACCCCCAACUACAAUCCCGACAUCAUCUUUAAGGACGAGGAGAACACGGGUGCCGACCGCCUCAUGACCCAGCGCUGCAAGGACCGCCUGAACUCGCUAGCCAUCUCUGUUAUGAACCAGUGGCCGGGUGUAAAGCUGCGUGUAACUGAAGGCUGGGAUGAGGAUGGCCACCACUCAGAGGAGUCUUUGCACUACGAGGGCCGUGCAGUGGACAUAACCACCUCAGAUCGUGACCGCAAUAAGUACGGACUGUUGGCACGCUUGGCAGUGGAGGCUGGCUUCGACUGGGUGUAUUACGAAUCCAAGGCUCACGUGCAUUGCUCUGUCAAGUCGGAGCACUCGGCAGCAGCCAAGACAGGUGGCUGCUUUCCUGCUGGAGCCCAAGUGCGCCUAGAGAGUGGGGCACGUGUGGCCCUGUCAGCUGUGAAGCCAGGAGACCGGGUGCUGGCUAUGGGGGAGGAUGGGAACCCCACCUUCAGCGAUGUGCUCAUUUUCCUGGACCGUGAGCCAAACAGGCUGAGGGCUUUCCAGGUCAUCGAGACCCAGGACCCCCCACGUCGCCUGGCACUCACUCCCGCCCACCUGCUCUUCACUGCUGACAACCACACAGAACCAGUAGCCCGGUUUCGGGCCACAUUUGCCAGCCACGUGCAGCCUGGCCAGUACGUGCUGGUAGCAGGGGUCCCUGGCCUUCAGCCUGCCCGGGUGGCAGCUGUCUCCACACAUGUGGCCCUCGGGGCCUAUGCUCCACUCACAAGGCACGGGACACUGGUGGUAGAGGAUGUGGUAGCUUCCUGCUUUGCAGCUGUGUCUGACCACCGUCUGGCUCAGUUGGCCUUCUGGCCCCUGCGACUGUUUCCCAGCUUGGCAUGGGGCAGCUGGACCUCAGGCGAGGGCGUGCACUGGUACCCUCAGCUGCUUUACCGCUUGGGGCGUCUCUUGCUAGAAGAGGGUAGCUUCCACCCACUGGGCGUGUCUGGAGCAGGGAGCUGAAAGACCCCCACCACUGCCCUCCAGGAACUGCCAUGCUGGACCCAAAGGUCUUCCUGCCAGGAGGGCUGUGGCUCUCGAAGGGACCUAAGCUGGAGGCACUAGUCCCUGCUAUUUCCUCCACAGGAGACACACCAUUGAGACUUGACUGGGCAAUGCUAAUGUCCGCCAAAGUCCCCCAAUGUAGUGAUAGAGCUGAAUGCUGAGCUGGCAAGGUGCAGUGGGCUAGCCCUCUACCCUAGAGACCUUGACACCCAGCCAGCUCUCACUAUGAUUUUUCACACCCUGCCUCUCUCCAUCAGAGGACCAUUCCAUCUGUCUUUGGAUGCUUACUCCAGUCUUUCUCCAGCCUGGUUUCCAACUUCAUUGUUGGUAAUAGACCACAGUAUGAAAAGAUUCUGCCCAUAGGCGGGCUUACACCUCAGUUGAUGCUGCUAGAUUCCCUGGGAGCCAGCAGGGAGCUGGUUGGACUCAUUGCUACCCAGAACCUAAAGGGCCACAGGGGUGGGGCAGCCAUCCUGGCCAUCCUGAGGCAUGACCUUCCACUGGCCACACUCCUCCAGACAAAUCCUGAAACUGUUGCUGUCAGUGGGCAGAGUUCUAUGUUCUGGCCAAUGUGACCAUAGUACCUGGGACUCAGGGAGAGGGGCUGGAUGUCCUUGCUAACCCUGCCCAGGCUAAGCUCCUUUUUCUGCUGAACCAUGACCCCACCCCCCUUUCCGUCAAGUCUCCCCCAUUUUAUUUAUUGGCAAGAGAAGGAAAUCCACAGGAGAACUUGGGGGAUGCUUUGGUCUUUUCUUUAUUUUGUAAUAAAAAUUAUUUAAGUUGUUAGAGU